GACAAGGGGAAUUCCCCUGUUCUAAUUAAAGGAUUGAGAAAAUGAGUGUGCAGUUGUUCAUACCUUUUCAUGUGUUGAUACGUGUUUAUGUGUGAUAAAAGAAGUAUACUUAGAAGAGAAACUGCGUGCUAUUCCCGAAUUUUAGUGGAAAAAGGAAAUUUGCGAAGACCUUAACUUAAAAAGUUGGUAUAUCAAGUUGUUGAAUAUUGACUUAUUGUAUAGGAGUGUACGGUUGUUAUGAAACGACUUUCGAGAAUUAGAGUUAUUAAUUUAAAUUAAUUAUUUAUUAUUAUUUAUCAUCAAUCACAAUGAGCCAAAAAUCUUCGUCGCCAGAAUCGUCACUGAUGACGCUUAGUGUUGAACAAGAACGGGAUUCUUACAAAGAAAAAGUUGAGCAUAUGAAACUUAUGAUUCAAAAAUAUAAACAAGAGAUUCAAGCUCAGAAAAUACGGAGAGAAGGAGUAGAAACUGUAUCCAGAUUAUUGCAUGAAUCCAGAGAAGAAAAUGCCGCUUAUCAGAAAAAGAAUAUCGCUCUUGAAACGGUUGUGAGAAAUUUGCAGUCGCGGUUAUCUAUGAAUGGAAUUUCAGACGGAAUGACCUUGGGAGAAGGGGACGUUUUUAUUCCAGGCUCAUCUAAACAAGUUUUGGACAAUUUAGCUCGAGAAAAUAAAAGACUGCGUUCUCUUUUGCAAGGGGCUUCUACAGAUCCGGAAGAAAUAAUUAAACUGCAGCAGCUCCUAGAAAAUAAAAACAUAGAGAUUGAGGACUUAAGACAUACCAUUGUAGGACUUUCUGAAAAAUUACAAAGUACAGGAAGACUAAUGAAAUCGAGUGAUGACGAAAAACUAUCUGAAAUAAAAAAGUUACAUGACGAGAUCAGUUCAAUGAAGAAUGAAUGUGAAACUAGAGACAUUUUGUGUUCAUCACUUGCGGAAGAAACAAAUACGCUAAAACAGCAGUUACAUGAUGUAGCAGUUCAUUGUCAAAAGCUGGCAGUGAAGCUGGAACGUAGUGAAAAAAGUAAAGGAGGUAUCUCAUCAGGUCAAACAGAUGUAGAGAAGUUACAGGAGGAGAAUGCUAGUCUGAAAGACAAAUUAAGUGAGUUAGUGAAAAUGAACAAGAGAUGGCAAGAAUAUAUGUCACAAAAAGAAAGAUACUGGCAACAAAUAGAGCAAAAUCAUGUUCAGCCCGAUAGAAUUCAGGCAAUAAAUGCUGCUUUGGAAGAUGCUAGCAGACGCCUACAAAAAUUGGAACGAGAGAAGAAACAGUGCCAAGAAGAACUAGAUGAAAGAAAUCAACAACUCAUAGCAAAGUCAUCUGAACUGACGCGACUGCAAAAUGAUGUUCAAUGCGGUAAUUUAGGACAUGAUGAUGGCCACCUACGUAGUGAUGUAGAGACAAUAAGUGCAUUGAAGGCUCAAAUUCAAAUCUGUACUGAAGACUUUGAAUCAGAAAGAAAAGAUCGAGAGAAGGCGCAAAAUAGAGUGGCUGAACUGGAAGCUGAAGUCUCUCAGUAUAAAAGAAUGAGGCCAGAUGAUGGACGACUACCUCAUCAAAAUUUGUUUGAACCAAGAAACCCUAGCUCACCUGAAUUAUAUGGAGGUUUCAACCUUCAGGGACAGUAUAAUAGAGAGUCGCAGCUUGCAGCAAGAGGUCCAAUGAGAAGAAGGGAAGAAAAUGUUUAUGAUAUGUACAAUGUUGUCGAUGCUAUACAAACUGAUUCUGCACACAUGUCAAAACACGACAAAACAGACAAGGAAGGAACAAAUCUAGCCACAAAAUUAAAAGUGAAAAAAACGGAUACAGACCCAGAUAAUUUAUUAGAUACCGUUCCAGAUUUAAAUGACUUCAACUCUGUGGACAGUGAUACUGAAUUAGCACUUGAAAUUACUAUGAGAAAAGUAGACGAUAUUAAUUUAACUCAUUGUCCUCGGUGUGAUCACAGUUUCGAACUUGGUCAUGACCAGGAAACUAGAGAACAUCUCGAAAAAUGUUGUGAUUAAAAUUUUUUGUAAUGUGAUAGCUAUGUUUUACAUUGGUUUGUUAUGCUUCCUCUUUCAUAAAUUACUUCCCUUUUGUGGGGGAUAUUUAACAUUUUGUAGGUUAGAUUUUGUAUUUACGUAAAGAAAGACUUUAGUCACGUCACUGCCAGGGCUUUAUAAUGAUCUUCUUGCUAUAAAAAAAAAAACAUGCUAUUACUGUGGGGUUAUUGUUUUUGUUUCAUUUUCUACUAUGUAUAGACAAAAUUUCUUUUCAUGAUUUGAAAGGAAGUGUUUCAAAUCAGUUAAUCAUCAUCUGAUUCAAGUUAAUGUCAAAUACACUGUUUUCAUAAAAAAUAAUCAUAUUAAAGAAUUAUGUCAAUUAUUUUUAAUGUAUCGGAUAAUAUUAUAAGGUGAAUAUUUUAUGUAAAAAAAAAAUAAAAUGUUUUAAAGAUAUGAAUUGUGGAAAAUAUCCAAUUAUAUUAAAAGUAUUAAUUUAAAACUGCAUAUCUGCUCCUUUUUAAAUGUCCAGCAAUUCAAACAAAGAAAGAAAAAAAAAAAGAAAAAUUCAUUUCUGAAAUAUUUGUAACAAAUUGAUGUUUAUCACUUUAUUGAUGGUAAAGGUAAAAUGUUUUAAUAGGGUCAACUCAAUGAUUGGGGAAAUGUUUACUGUUAUCUUUAAAUUAUCAUUCAUUGUGUAGCAUAACUGGUAUUCUAAAGUAUAUGCACCCUUGUAAAGAAAACUUUAUUGUUCAGUUGUUUAACAGGUGUAUAAAUUUGCAUAACUUUUUAUAUAAAUUUAAUUACUCUGAAAACUACAUGCAUUAAUUAAUUCAAAAUGUUGUUUACAGUAAUGUACCCAAGUACAUUACAAAAAAUAAGUACCGGUAUUCAUACUAAAUCUCAGUUGAAGGUUGAAGUCAAAAUAGGUGAAAGCACCUCACAAAAGGGAAGUAAUUUAUACUAAAUAAAACUAGUGUUUGUAUAGGAGAGUCAAUGAAAGGGGAAGUACCUGGUAUUGCUGUGAAUUCACAAUUGAAAAAGGAUAAGAUUUUUGUUAUUAUCAAUAGUUUAAGUCUUGUGAUAUGUAAAGUUUCCCAUUUCAAAACAGCUGCAAUAUUUAUGUCUGUUUUCAUGAUAUAGAACUUAACUUUUGUUAAAGUACAAGUGUUAUUACAUUUGUCUGUUACCUUGGUGAUAAGUAAAUAAUUUCAUUCCAUGAGAGUGAUGAGACUACUUUUCACUUCUUUAUCAAUUUACAUAGUUUACCAUUAUUUCUAAUUGUUUAUCAAAAUUACUGUUUUUGAAUUAAAAUUUGGAAAAGGAAAAUUAAUCAUUAUUUGCUAAACUACCAUCUGAAUUUUUUUACCAAAAUUCAUGAAUAACACUAUCUUUGUUUUGACCUCCAUAUUAAAGGUCAGUUUGUUUCAUACCUUUUCUUAUCUGAAUGUCAUUGGAAUUUACUUCAUUUUUGCCAGACAUUAAAAUAAACCAUUCUGUUAUACAUUUUGAUGAACAACAAUGUACUACAAUUUAUUACAUUCCAUAGAAUUCAAAAUGCUAAAUUCCAAAAUACCAGAAGCGGGAAGCGAUUACCAGAAUUUUGGAAUAACACAAAUUGGAACUAAUAUUGGUCUUAGUAUUCCUAAUGGUGUUAAGGUUCAAAUUUAUUUCUGACGAUCCUGGCCACCAACCAACAUGACUUUAAUAUUUCACAUAAAAUAUAUGGGAAACACCAAUUAUGCCUCCUUUAUUAAUCAAAUCAGUGAGUAUUAAGGGAAUAUUGUAUUUUCAUGGAUAUUUGUUUUUGUGGUUUUACAAACUUGUAUAUAAACCUUUAGAUUAUUACUUUGUUGACCAUCUAAAUUUGUGGUAUAUCUAUACCCACAAAAUUUGGUAAUCUACAAAUGAUAAGAAUCCACAGUAGUAUAAGAAUUUCAAUCCUUUCCAAACUAUGUCAGUUUAUUGAUAAAAGUAUAGGAAGAUAUAAUCGGGACACUUCAGUACAGAAAUGUAAUUUUUGCUGUCACUAUAUAUGAAGAUAUAACCUGGUGGAAAUAGACAUAUUUGACAUAAAAUGUCAAUUUUAUGCAUAUUAUUUUACAGAAUGAAAUAGUUGGUUUAUUGAAUUGAUUGUCUGUGUUUAACAUCACUUUCAGCACUCUUGGCUAUAUCAUUGCAGCCAGUUUUUAUAGGUGAAAGAAGCAGGAGUACCUGGAGAGAACCACAGACCUUCAAGUGUAAAACUGGCAUUGCUAGUCAAUUGAGAUAAAAGUCAAACACACCUGCCAACAGCUGGGUUCUUAUCCACAACCUUAGUGUUGACAGGCUAUUGAUCACUGUAGAUGAACUACUUAGACCACUUGGCCACCAAGUGUCCCAAAAUUAAAUUUCACCCAAAGGAUUACCCAAAAAAGAUAAUUACCCACAUCAACAUAUCUAUACAAGAUGUCCUAUAGCAAAAUAUCUUUUUGGGUAAGGCUUUGACUCAUAUCUAAAUGUUGUUUAUGUAAGACCAAAAUUUAAAAAUAAGAUUACUGAUAUCAGACAGACUAAUAGCUUGUGAACAUCUGCAGAAUUUUAAUUGUUAGAUUUAUGAUACUAUUUUAUUUUCUAAUUCAAUGGGCCAGAAAAGUGACCUUAUCAUACCUUCUUCUUUGUACAGUGUAUAUAUUCAUAUGGACAUAAUGUAUUUGCUUUAAAGGUAUGCUCUUAAAAUGUAAAUCGCCAAAUACAAAAUAAUUUUUUUUUAAAUAUGUUCAUUGUACAUAAAACAUCCCCUUCUGUGAAUGUUUCAUUAACUCCAUCAAAGCAGCAAACAUUUAUAUAUGAUUACUUUCAUUUAUGCAUCACACCCAGGGCUGGUUUCAACAAAUAACACUUAAAAACAAAAAUACUCUUAAAAACUAUUAAAUUGGUGUUUGACUAUUAAAGUCCCAGUGCCACGAUUCCAAAUGAACUCUCUUAGAGGCAUCCUUGCUACAGGCCUGGGAGUAAACUCAAUGGAAUGAAAAUGAGGAUAUUGUGCAGAGAACCAAUGUUAGUUUAGAUUGUUAAAAAGUUAUCAUGGUGUAAGUGUGAUGGUUGUGUGUAGCUCAAAGGGCUAUUUAUUUUUAACUUUUGCUAUCAUUUGGUAUUCACUAUUGUCUUUUAUUAACUGCCAACAUUUUCAUCUGAAAUCACUAGACCAGUUUGAAGCAAAAUUGACUGACAGAGUGUUUAGAAGGUCCUAAAAUAAAAUUUAACACAAUAAAUCACAACUGUAUCUUAUCUGAAACUCCGAUGUAUGGAAGGUUCUUUAAAAAAUAUCCUGAAUUUCUUCUUACAGACAAAUGAAAAACAUUUGAUUCUGAUUGGUCUACAAGGUCUAAUCUUUUCCAAUCUAAUUAAAAUUAAAUCAAUUAAAUCCUUUAAUUGUUCCCGUUAUGUUGCACCAAUGUUUUGGUAAUGCACACAAAUGUGAUGCACCGUCUCAUUUUGUUACUUUUAAAUAAUUCUGAUAUCAUCUUUAGUUGACAGUUGACUAAUAAAUUUAAGUUUAUCUAUGUUUUUGUUGAGUACUGUUUAAAAUUGAAAAAAAGAAAAAAAAACAGUAGACUAUUGUUACAAUAAAAAAUAUUGUCAAAAACAUUUUUUUCUUUUUUAAAUGACAGGCUGAAGUUGUGUUUUCAGAUCACAUGGCCUAAUGUGAGCUAUUGUCAGCACUUUUUUCUGUCCUCUGUAAUUGCAAUCCAUCUGUUUGCAAACUUUCUGUCCUACAUCUUGUUGAUACUUAUAUUUUGCAUCUUUACAGAAAUCCAUUGGAUGUGUACUGAUUGAUGUUUUAGUAUGGGAAAUAUGAUUUUAAAAUUAUUUGUAAUCGGCUUUAAAGUUUGAAAUAGGUUUCAGUAACUUUGAGUACACUUAGAUUAGUGCUUUGUGUCUUUUGCAGUUUUGGUGGUUUGUGUAGAUCCUUUUUCAACUGAUUUUUACAGUUUGCUCCUAAACUGUGCUGUAAAACUUCUGUCCCAAGUUAGGUGGAGGGUUGAGUGCUCACAAAUAUGAAUAACCCUUCCACAUUUUGUAUGUGCCUGCUCAUUAUAUAGUCACGAUGCAUGUAAUUCAGUGGUUGUAGUUAAUUGCUGUCCAUCAUAUUUGUUUUUCGUUUUCUGUUUUGAACAUAAAUCAGACUGCUGUUUUCUUCAUUAAAAUGGUUUAACUUAUUGUUUGAAAGGGCCUUAUGUUAGUUGCUCAUUGCUGAAGGUCGUAAUUUGGUCUCUGGUGGAUAUUUGUCUCAUUGGCAAUCAUACCCCAGCUUCUUAUUUUUAUAUUGUUCAAAAAUCUUCUCCUGGAAACACAUGUCAAAUAAAACUAACCUUGCUCACAAUCUUCCUUAAGGCAUCAUGUUUCAGAUUUGUGUACCUAUCUUGAUAAAAUUGAGCUGGAGGUUGAUUAUUACUCUCUCCCAGAGGGUGCCAAUCAAAACCAAGGAUUCAACAGAUGUUUCAAUUGUAUAAAGGGUUCAGGCCCCUCCAAAUAAGAGAGGUCGAUAACAGGGAAGGAAUGAAUAAUUCAGGGAAGGAUCAGGCCUGAUCCUAUAGAUUAAAUCAAAAUUUGAUGUCGAUUUGUUGAAGCAGUAUGUCUGUCGGUCUGUCAUAGAUUGGUAUGGUGACUGGGACCUAAUUUUAGUGCUUUAGAGGUCAGCUCCUUAGAAAUUAUACAUGAUAGUUAUAGGUCAACAACACUUGGUAUGUAGUUUAAUUGGAACAAGCAGAUGUCUAUCUGACAAAUGACAUCAUUUCCAGACUCAAACAAUCAGGAUAAGUUUUUCAGUCAUUUUUAUACGACCGCAAAAUUUUUUUGCGGUCGUAUAUUGGUAUGACGUUGGCUUCGUUGUCGUCGUCCGAAGACACAUUGGUUUUCGCACUCUAACUUUAGUUUAAGUGAAUGGAUCUCUAUGAAAUUUUACCAUAAGGUUCACUACCACAAAAGGAAGGUUGGGAUUGAUUUUGGGGCUUAUGGUACCAACAGUUAAGGAAUUAGGGACCAAAAAGGGGCCAAAAAUAAGCAUUUUCUAGUAUCCAGACAAUAACUUGUGGAACGGUGUAUGGAUCUCUCUGAAAUUAUACCACAAGUUUCCAUACCACAAAGGGAUGGUUAGGAUUUGCUUUGGGGGGUUAUGGCUCAAACCGUUUAGGAAUUAGGGGGAAAAACAAGGGUGUCCUGGUUAAUGGACAAAUACUUUAGUACAAAACAUAAUUUAAAGCAGUGUAAGGGAGGUAAUUCAAAUACAUCAUAGUGUAUUGCACAAAAGCAAAAAAAAAGGGGGGAUAAUUUUUUUUUUUUUUUUUGUGGGGGGAGGGGGGAUCAAUUCGCAAAAGCAAAGUGUAUUGCACAAAAGCAGAAAAUUGAAUAUAAAUUCAAAUCAUAUAACCAAUUCUAAGUUCUUUGACUACAGUUAUUCUGUGUCAGAAACCUUUUAUGUGUCAAAUAUUUAAUUACAAUCCAAAUUCAGACCUGUUUCAAGCGCGAAUAUUGCGUCCAUUUUUGCCCCAACUGUUAAGGGUUGGACCUCUGCGGUCGUAUACAGAUUGCUUACUUUAAAAAAUCUUCUCUUUGAAACUGCUGAAUCAAUUUCAGCCAAACUUGGGCUGAAUGAGUUUCAGAGUAUCUAGUAUAAAUUUUGUAUUUUAUUUCCUUGUAUGUCAAGAAACAGCCACUAUGACUAAAAUGGAACAUAGGGGUAAAAUGCAUUUUUUUGCUUUUGAAGAAAAUAUGACAGAUACAAAGAACAUUUAAAUGGCAUUUUUAAGCCACUCAUUAAUAUAUAUUGAAAAGCAAAAAUAAUCAUUGAUGAAAGAUUUAAGCAAAAAAUUAUAGGUGAGCGAUUCAGGCUCUCGAGAGCCUCUUGUUUGUUUUUCUCUUAAUAUUUUGUACUGUUUCAGUUCUUUUUGUACAUCACUGUUAUAUUUAUGAUUGAUUUUAGUCUGUGAUAUGCAACUAAUUUGGGUUCAGUCUUGCCAUUCUGUUUCAACUAACAUCUUUGUUUUAUUUUUGAAAUAACAUAUGGAAACUUUGAACUACUUAUGUUUAACUCAACUGUGUUAGUGCUAACAUUGGAGCUUUAUUUUAAUUGUAUAUAUAUGAGCAUUUCUAAAAGUCUCCUAUUUAUUCCUUUUUUGUACAAAUUCCAAAAUAAUAGAAUCCAAAUGAAUUGUUUCGUCGUAAAUGUAAAGAACUUAGUGUUAUUUUCUGCUCAAGAUUUUUUCUAUACUUAACUCUUAAAAAAAUGUAUGUAGUUGCAUCCAUUUAUGUCAUUAAACAGAAAAAGUUUUCCCGUAGACCAUAAUGUUUUAGCCAGUUAGUUCAAGAAAUCACAGGUCUUUCUGUAUGAAAAUGUAACCCAAGUGUAGUCUUUGUGAGAAGUUGAUUUGUUCUUUAAAUAGAACAUACACUAAUCAGUACGAGUCUGUUGGUGAUAUAUAUUCAUUAGUCUUAGGUUUGGAUUCUAUUGAGACUUAUAAUUUAUUGCAUGUAGAUCUUUGUUUAAAAACUAUUAAAAACAGUUAAUUUGUGAUAUGUUAAUUUACACUCAUUGCCAGAAAGGAUCAAAAGAGAAGGUACAUUUUGUGGCCUAUUUAUCACUGUAUAUUCACCAAAAAUAAAAAAUUGUAUGAAUCAAAUUCUUUAAUCUUCAAAAGGGAAAUUUUGGAUAUUUGCAAAGCAUUGAAGACAAAUUUUGCUUUAUGUCAUAAAAGUGACGCCAUAAGGGAGAUUUUCAGGUAAAUUGCAAAAAUUGACUAAUUUCAGAAACAUUUUGGCUAAAUUAAUGAAAUGAAAUUCUCCAAAAAUUACUUUUUUGCAAUUGAAUAAGAUAAACACAAGGUGUACUGACGGCUGUAUAUAUAUCUUUUUGUGGGAUGGUUGUGCUCUAUUCCUGAGCAUCUGCAAGUCAAAUAGUCACAAUUGUGCUUGAUACCUGUGAUUUGAGGUAAAAUUUUGCUCAAAAUCGUACCGCCACCUUUAGGAAAUAUCAUAUUCAUAUGUAUUUAAUAAAUCUUGGGUUAUGGUAUUAACCAAUCUAUGAAUAACAUAUACCAGUAUUAAUGACUGCUGUAACUAAACAUUAGUUAAUUUAGAAAUAAGGAGGUUUAUUUAAAGCAUACUUUGGCUCCUUAAAUAAAGUUGUACAAAAUAAAAUGAAUUUGUAUAUCAAAAUGUUAGUGCUAAGUCUUUACUUCAAGGUCUUUCAGAGAUAAUAAAUAUUCACUAAGAUUUCAAAUGUGAAAGAUGGCAUAGAUUUAUUUUUUUGCUUAGUUUUGACAUGUUUUUGUUAAUACUUGAAAAAAAUAGAGCAGGUUAAAAUUUAGAUAUUUACGGGAGAGUAGUGGUUGACAAACACUGAUAAAUUAUCUUGUUGAUUUUUAGCUGUGAUAUUAAGUGGUUUUAAUUUACCUUUUACAACAGAACAAUAUAUAAUCUACAGUCAAUUGCAUUGUAUAUGGUUGUUAACCCUUUCCCCAUAAUGACACAUUUUGAUGCCUACCCCUUUCCUCCAUGAUGACGCCUUUUGACACAGUCCCCCUUUUACUCCAUAAUGAUGCCUUUUAAAUCCUCUAUGUGGUACCUCAGUUAAAGCAUUUUGCAUUAAUAAAUCUGUAGUAGACUUUAUCACAUUUGUAUCCAAUAUAAAAGGUAUAAACUUGGGAAUACCUGACGUGAGUUUAGAUGACAAAAUAAUCUAUUUCUUCAUGCAUUAUUAAUUUAAACUUGAUGAUUUUACUUUCAAUCACUUUCACCAUGAUUUCCUUUCAUUACAGUUAGCUUAUUUCCAAUAUUUCAUAAAUAAAUAUCCUAUGCAAAAUAGAUUAAUGCAAGAAAACAAAUUCAUCAUGGAGGAAAGAGUUUACAUAUUAAAUUAUAAAAUUCCUUAAUGUAAAAAUAAAAUUUAAAUUGCAAACGAAAAUACAUAAUUUAAUGAUAUUUAGUAACAAGAGCAUUGUUUAAUGGUGUCUUCAUUUAUAAUUUACCAGAAUUCGUCCAAAUAUUAUUGUAUUGUAUUUAUAUACCAUUUCAGUUUUUGUAUUGAUUGGUAGUUAAUGCUAUCUCAUCUGCAGGGUUUCUCCUAUACUGAGGUCAGAAUGAUGCUGAUUUUUUUUAAAAUUUUAUCUGGAUCAAGAGCAAGAAAUGUAAAAGGAUCUUGCUUUGGUAUUGUGUGGUAUUAGUUAUAAAAAAAAUUAAAAUUCAGUUGCAAAUUAAACAGUUUUUGUUUGUUGAUUUUUUCAUGAGAUGAAAAUUUCAUAUUGAUUUAGUUUGACCACAUAUAUAUAAACCUUUCUAAAGUUUCUAAGUCAUUUGUUAAUUUUUUAUUUUUUUUUACCUGUUGUAUGAUUUAACACAUAACAUAAUGUUGAGUUGUGGCUAAGUUUAUUUGUAUGUAAGUUUUUAUAGUUGAAAUGGCUAUAAAUAAAUACAAACUAUCAAAUUUGU